UCAGCCAGCUGAGUGAGCUGAGUCAGCUGUCAAGGAAAAGUCUGAAAAGUACACAAGAGAAGAGAAUAUUAUUCCAAUUAUUCUUUCACCAAAGUUUAAGGUUGCAACAAAUUAAUAUAUAUUAUAUAUUAAUAUUUUACAUGUGAUUUGAGGUGUUCAUGUUCAAUAGAUUCAAUAAAUCCUUCUUUCAUUUCGAAACGAUCACCAAAUUCAGACCAAAAUGGAAUUCAGGUUUAAUGUCUCUGACAUUUUCAAAAAACAGAUUGUAGAACUAAACCAUAAUUUGAUUCCUCCUGAUUUCCAAGGGGAUAAAAGAGAAUUUUGGAAUGCAAUCAGUAGAAUAUCUGAAGUUAUUAAUACUAUUGGUGAAGCUUCUGCAGCAGCACAAGGACUGACAAAACCAAUCACAACAGCUGAUCGUCUAAGAAAUUCAGAUCACAAAUUGUACCUCCUCAUUGAUCAAACUACAACAAGUGGAAAAGGGGCUGUAAUGGGCAUGCUGAAAACUGGCCACAAAGUACUAUAUUUAUUUGACAAGCAUGGGCAGCAUUUCCAAGUAUCUCCUCUCUGUAUAUUGGAUUUUUAUGUUCAUGAAUCUCAUCAAAGAUCUGGCUGGGGCAAAUAUUUAUUUGAACACAUGUUACAGGCAGAGCAUAUACAACCUGUUGAAGUGGCUAUAGAUAGACCUAGCGAAAAAUUCUUGAGAUUCCUCAACAAGCAUUACAAUCUGAAUUCACCAGUGAAACAAAUGAACAAUUAUGUUGUUUUCGAUGAUUUUUUCACGCGACAGUCUGAAAGCAUGAUGUCCUACUUAGACCCACAUAAAAGUAGUCCCACAGCACAAAAAAUCAGUGGCGAUAGAAGUCAACAAACACAAUCUUCACCAAUUGGCAGGUAUGGAUCUGUUAGACCAACUUGCAGUAUUGGACAGAUUAUUCACAGUGGACCUUCAGCUCAUGAUCGUAGAUCACUUUCGCAAAAUAUAACAUCACAAGCACCUAUAUGAAAAUAAUUCAGACAGCAUCACAUUAGAAAUCAAAUAUCAACACUCAAGUAUUAACUGUUGAAUGUGAAACAUGUAUUUUCUGUGAUGAAAAUUUUAUGUCUAGCAAAUGAUCAAUUCCAGUACCUCUCUUUGUUUUAGAAUAUUUAUUUAUACACUUUACACUUUACAUGCAUCUUAUUAUUUACUUAUAAUAAAUUAUAUCACUGAAAAUUACCAUGAA